CAACUCCACUGUAUCCACCACUUCCACAGAUUCACAGGGAGCAGUCUUGAGCUGCACUCUUGUCCACGAGUCGAGUCCAGGGCCCAUGGUCACGACCAUAAGAUGCAUCAGAUGAGAGCCCAACCCCCUGCUCUCUCUCUCUCUCUCUUCGGACAAGUACAGGGCUCGUCUUUCUCUUUCUCACUCCUCUUUUCUCUUCACUGUGUGUGUGGCCAGGCGGCAGCACACAUAAUCCGUUCUCUCUCCCUUGGUUUCUCUUGUCCUCUUGCGGCGAUGGACCAAGAAGCCUCACGGGAACCCCACCCUUGAGCCGUCCAGUGCCGCAUUAGUGGGUUCCAUCCCUCUUUGCUUCUCGUGGUCGCAUUGCCUGUAUUUCUUGAUUUUGUCCGUCUUGGUUUUUUCUUGAUUCUUGGACGUGGUGGGAUUCGGAUAGGAGUGCGGCGGCGGCGGUUUUAUUGAUCGCGUUUCUUGAUGUUUAGGUUGAAGUAGAUAUUUCAGUUUGAGGAGGAGGAAUGGUGGGCGGCGGAGAGCAGUCGGCGAUCGACCCCGAGGCCAAGGACCUCGAGCGCGGCGAGCGGCGGUGCGAUGCGGGUGAGUUCGGGGACGCCGGCGACGAGGAGGAGGACGAGGAAGCCAGCCAGUAUUUCUCGGACGCGGAGGACCGGUCGUGGCCGUCGCACUCGCGCCACAACUCCGCCGCCUACGAGGACUACAUUUCGCCGUGCGCGUCCGCCCGCGCGAGCUCCGUCGACGCCGACGGAGAGGCCGCCGGGGAGCACUGCAGGAAGUCAUCCUGCGUGUCGGAAGGCUCGCUGGACGACGUCGACCUGGAGGCGGGGCUGGCCGAGAUCAUCAAGACCAGCCCCGAGAAGGCUGAGCAGAACUGCCGCAUUUGCCACCUCGGUCUUGAGAGCGCGGCGGCCGAGUCCGGCGCCGGGAUCACGCUCGGUUGCUCCUGCAAGGGCGACCUGUCCUACGCCCACAAGCAGUGCGCCGACACCUGGUUCAAGAUCAGAGGCAACAAGAUCUGUGAAAUAUGCAGCGCAACUGCAUGCAACGUGAUAAUUUUCAGCGAUCCGGAGUUCAGUGACCAGUGGAGUGAAACAAACAACAUAGCUGCUGUGCAAGCGCCACCAGCUGAAACCCGGAGAUUUUGGCAAGGGCAUCGGUUUCUCAACUUCCUUCUUGCUUGCAUGGUGUUUGCCUUUGUCAUCUCUUGGCUCUUCCACUUCAACGUCCCAGGCUGAGUUUUGAGCGCACAUGGUCUCCUCAAUAAAAGCACCAAAGCCAUUACUCCAAACAAGUGGGUAAGAUCUAGCAAAUCUGAAGAACAGGCUGGGGUGAAGUAAAGUUAGAAGUGGUACAAAAAAAAAAAGAAUAUGGCAGUGGCAUGAUGAUCUUACAUUUGUCUGUGGUGAAUGCCUUUCCUUUGGCAAAGAUUAAAGAUGACGAUCCCGUACGGAGGGAAACUCGAUGAACAUCUUCUGCCCGCUCCGAAAAUGGAUUGAGGUGAAAGCAGCGAAUAGAAGAUCUGCUCCUCGAACGUUAAUGCUUUGGUGGUUUGAAGAUCAGGAUUGUUUUAGUCUACUCAUUUUCUUGCUUUCCAACUAUUUACCAUUUUGCCAGCUGCUUUGGUGUGAUCCUGUGCAGAUUCCUUUCUGCUUACCCUCUGUUCCAGUGCUUAUGACCCAGUUUAGGGUCAGCGGAUUACCGUCCUUAGUAAGAGAAAUCUACUGUCAAGUAAUUGCUGAAGCAUGUUGCUGAAAAGAAUAAAGAUGAUACUGCGAAA